AUCGCAAUGUUCCGGCUUCUCGUUGCCUGCCUGGUGGCGACCCAGCUCGUCCCGUCAUGGUGCUCCUCCCCGGCGGAUCUGCCAGAAGAUGAGGAGGACGAGGCAAUGUUCCAAAUGCGGUCCGAUUUCGAGGAGUUCAAAGUGACUUACAAAAGGAGUUAUGACGGAGAGGAAGAAGAGAAUCGCCGUUUCCAGAUCUUCGUGGAGAACAUGAAGAAAGCUGAGCAGAUGGAAGACGACGACAGAGGAACGGCCGAGCACGGAGUCACCAAAUUCAGUGACAUGACAGACGAAGAAUUCGAGCAGUUCUACCUUAACCCGUUGAUGAUGAACGACACGUCCUGGAUGCAGGAGAUGGCGAAGGUGCCGGUGGCCGAACCGAUCGCGGACUGUCGGAUUCGUCGGCGAAUAGACUGGAGAAGUUACGGUGCGGUAACGUCAGUCAAAAAUCAGGGGCGGUGUGGCUCCUGCUGGGCCUUCGGAACCAUCGCCAACGUGGAGUCCAUGUGGUUCCUCAAGACCAAGCGACUGAUCAGCAUGUCGGAGCAAGUGCUCCUGGAUUGUGACCACUUUGACGGAGCCUGUAAAGGUGGCUUCCCCGACAACGCCUUCAGAAGCAUUAUGCAACUGGGAGGUAUGAUGUCUGAGAGGACCUAUCCCUACCGGGCAGCGCGGCGCUACUGCAGGUUCCAGCGCAGUCUCGUCGUUGCCCGGGUCCAGGCCUACAGGAACAUCAGGCCUCAUGAGCGCGAAAUGAAGAGGUGGGUGGCCAAGAGAGGACCCAUCAUCGUCAUGAUGAAUGCGCGAGCACUGAAAGGCUACAGGGGAGGCAUCCUCCGUACCGACUCAUAUUGGUGCCCCCCCAAAGGACUCAAUCAUGUGCCACUGGUUGUGGGGUAUGGAGUCGAAAGGGGGUUGCCUUACUGGAUCAUAAAGAACAGUUGGGGAAGGAACUGGGGCGAAAACGGAUAUUUCCGCAUCUACCGGGGCGAGAACGCCUGCGGACUGAACCGUUUCCCCAUGACUGCCAUUGUGUAG